AUGGUAAUUUGGCUUGUGAGUUUGUUCCUUAAUACUGUCCUCGAGUGCACGGCGUGGCCGCGCUCUCGCUCUUCCAGGACGUCCUGCAGGUGGCGGUCGACCCUCGAUCGGGGGGGCGCGUACGAGGUCACGCUGGCCGGCCCCUCGCCCCCUCCCGCGGCCACUCUGGAGUGCCAAGCUGGGUCACCGUGUCGCGUCUGGUUCGCUGGGGUGGACGCGCCCCCCGCGGUGACCGUCAGGAAGGGGUCCAACGCCAUCUAUGAGGCUACAUCAGGCCCGCCUCCCCCGGCGUCCCGGGUCGAGCGCCUGACCUCGCGCGACGCCGACGCCAGGAUGGACGUCGAGGUGGCGAGCGACAAGCACGUGACCCGCGCCGACCUCGUGACCUUCAGUAGCGACGUCGCCACGGACGCCGACUGCGAAAGCCUCGCGGCGACGCCCUCGAAGUCCGGCUACUCCGUGGCUGCUUCCUCGCGCGGCGCAGGAGACUGGAACUUCUUGGUCGUGGGAUACGACGACGACGGGGCCCUGCUGGAGGCCGGCCGCGCGCACGUGACCCUCUCAGAUAUAUUGCUCCCUCGGAUGACGAAAGUGGGGACAGAGGCCCUCCAGUCCCUCAAAGUGGAGACGGGAGAAAUGGAUGUCAAAGUGAACGGCUUCCUGUGUCCAGCCAGCACAGUCUGCUACUAUUUGGAGCCAGAAAACAUCCUGGAGCCUCCCGAAGUCUGCAGGAUGGCCGCCCCGAAUAUCGAGCAGUGUGACAUGACGGCAGCAUACAUACAGCCAGAGUCUCUGAUCGAGCGGUCGGUUCAACUCAGUUUCACCGGAGUGCCUGAGGAGGACCUGAUGAUCACCGCUGACUUCUCCGAAACGUCGCUCACAAUGGAAGCGAAACUCUACACAAACUCCGAGGAUCUGACACCGAAUCCGCUAACCUGUGAGAUCACAGGCCGGUCUCCAAAGACCUGCACAUUUAAGGUUGAGCCAAAAGUGACGGAAUUUAAGAUUUUGCUGAUGGCGUUAGAUUCCGAAUCAACUGUGAAAGACUCGACCGUUGUGGAAUUUGAAGAUUUCCAGACUCGAAUUCAACAGCUGACAUCGGACGCCAUCGAAGUCCGUUGGCGAGCUUCGCAAAAUCAGGAAUACGACGUCGAAAUCGGUCCUGAAAUUGAAGUCAAAUUCAACAAGACUUCAGUGAUCUGUGGAGGUGAAGAGCCUGAAGACAGCAAAAUGUGCCUGGCUUACUUUUUCACGCUGAAUUUGAAUGAAGAUUAUACAGCAAGUGUGAGAGCACAAGGUGACAAUAAAUAUGUUUCGGCCUCAGUGAGGAUGCAGCCUGUUCUGGAAACAAUAAACAUAACAGAACUGACACUGACCACAACCGAGGAAACAAGAGGUCUUAACGUGUGUUUUACGGAGAAUCAUGCAAAGAAAAAACAAAACGAAGGAGGAAAGAUGGUGAACAAGUUCGUGGCGGUGGAUGCUAAUGGUCGGCAGAUGGUGUCGAAGUCCUCUCACACAUCCGUUUCUGAUGUCGAGGAAAAGCUGUGUCUAGGCCCAUUGCCUCUCAACCUUGACUUCAACCUUAGUGACAAGGUCCGGGUUCUUGUGUCACGUGAGAAUCUCGACACCCAGGAAAUUCUGCUGUCUGGAGACGCUGAGCUCUUCGUUUCGGAAAUGAAGCCACAUGCAGCACUAGUUCAUCUCACCAUCAAGGAGCUCCAGAAGGUGUCCAGGGAAGACGACCCGAGCGGAAGACGACAAAACAUGAGGGUUUUCUUGGAUCCUCAUGAAGCAAUAGAGGCAGACGAUUUCCAGCUUGAACUAAUUGUGGGAUCCAACGGGUUUCAGGAAAUUCAUCACCUUUCUAAAAUCAUUGAUGAAGAUGCCACAGAGCUUGAGUUCGAAGGGAAUUUCAAAGAUUCGAUUCAGGUCUUUAUAAAAGCUAUGAAAGGCGGUGUUACUGUGGGAUUUGGCUCCGUGACGCAGGAGAUGACAGACCCGGGUUCCAGGGUGGCGAAGGUGGGGGACGCCAGCGCCCCGUCCCUGAGGGUGGACCCAGGGGCGCGAGGCCAGGUGGAAGUCCCUGGGAAGCCUCCCUGCGUGGGAGGCUCUGGCCCUUGCUACUACGUCGGCCAGAGCGACCCCCCGCCCCCCCUCUGCGAGGACCUUCCCAGGAUCAGAUUCUGCGACGCCGUGGUGUCGGAAUUGCAGAACCCGGCCGAGGUCCCGACCCUGGAGCUCCGCAACCGGCAGGAGCUGCGAGUGCAGCAGCCCCGGCCCGACGGAGCGUGGACUGAGGUCGUGGUCUCCAGCUCGCGGGACGACUCCAUCCUGCCUCCCGACGGCUUCGGCUGCGACGAGCUGGGCGACGGGACGUGCGCGCACCCUGUGGCCGUCGCCGACGACCUGGACGGCUUCGACGUGACGCUCGUCGUGCUGGACGACGAAGGUUACGUCACGGCGUCGCUCGCCGUGCCCUUCGAAGUGCACGGCGUGGCCGCGCUCUCGCUCUCCCAGGACGUCCUGCAGGUGGCGGUCGACCCUCGAUCGGGGGGCGCGUACGAGGUCACGCUGGCCGGCCCCUCGCCCCCUCCCGCGGCCACUCUGGAGUGCCAGGCUGGGUCACCGUGUCGUGUCUGGUUCGCUGGGGUGGACGCGCCCCCCGCGGUGACCGUCAGGAAGGGGUCCAACGCCAUCUAUGAGGCUACAUCAGGCUCGCCUCCCCCGGCGUCCCGGGUCGAGCGCCUGACCUCGCGCGACGCCGACGCCAGGAUGGACGUCGAGGUGGCGAGCGACCAACCCGUGACCCGCGCCGACCUCCUGACCUUCAAGAACGACGUCGCCACGGACGCCGACUGCGAAAGCCUCGCGGCGACGCCCUCGAAGUCCGGCUACUCCGUGGCUGCUUCCUCGCGCGGCGCAGGAGACUGGAACUUCUUGGUCGUGGGAUACGACGACGACGGGGCCCUGCUGGAGGCCGGCCGCGCGCACGUGACCCUCUCAGAUAUAUUGCUCCCUCGGAUGACGAAAGUGGGGACAGAGGCCCUCCAGUCCCUCAAAGUGGAGACGGGAGAAAUGGAUGUCAAAGUGAACGGCUUCCUGUGUCCAGCCAGCACAGUCUGCUACGAUUUGGAGCCAGAAAACAUCCUGGAGCCUCCCGAAGUCUGCAGGAUGGCCGCCCCGAAUAUCGAGCAGUGUGACAUGACGGCAGCAUACAUACAGCCAGAGUCUCUGAUCAAUCCGUUGGUUCAGCUGAGCUUCACCGGGGCGCCUGAGGAGGACCUGAUGAUCACCGCUGAAUUCUCCGAAACGUCGCUCACAAUGGAAGCGAAACUCUACACAAACUCGGAGGUUCUGACACCGAAGCCGCUAACCUGUGAGAUCACAGGCCGGUCUCCAAAGACCUGCACAUUUAAGGUUGAGCCAAAAGUGACGGAAUUUAAGAUUUUGCUGAUGGCGUUAGAUUCUGCAUCAACUGUGGAUGAAUCGACUGUUGUGGAAUUUGAAGAUUUCCAGACUCGAAUUCAACAGCUGACAUCAGAUGCCAUCGAAGUCCGUUGGCGAGCUUCGCACAACCAGAAAUACGACGUCGAAAUCGCUCCUGAAAUUGAAGGCAAAUUCAGCAACACUUCUGUGAUCUGUGGAGGUGAAAAGCCUGAAGACAGUAAAAUGUGCCUGGCUUACUUUAUCGGGCUGAAUUUGAACGAAGAUUAUACUGCAGGUGUGAGGGCACAAGGUGACAGGGAAUCUGUUUCGGCCUCAGUGAAGGUGGAAACUGUUCUGGAAACAAUAAACAUAACAGAACUGACAUUGACAACAACUGGAGAAACAAGAGGUCUUACCGUGUGUUUUAUGGAAAGUCGUGAAGAGAGAAAACAAAAUGAGGAAGGAAAUAUUGUAAACAAGUUAGUGGCGGUGGAUGCCAAUGGUCGGCAAGUACAGAUGGUGUCGAAGUCCUCUCACUCAUCCGUUUCUGAUGUCGAGGAAAAGCUGUGUCUUGGUCCCCUGCAUCUCGACCUUGACUUCGACCUGAGUAACAAGGUCUGGAUUCUUGUGUCACGUGAGAAUCUCGACACCCAAGAAACUCUGUCUGGAGGCGCUGAGCUUUUCCUUUUGGACCUCAAUGACGUGAGCCAAGUGGGCGCGAAGACCUUGCGGGCGACUUGGACCAACAGGAAUGGCGCCCCCAGCUUCGAGGUCGGGAUGGGCGUCGGCGACUUCAUGUCCGUGGAGUGUGGCGUUGGGGAGGACGCCAAAGAAGAGUGCUUGCGAUACCUCCAUGCGGAAGGCACAAGCAAGCAAGUCACAGUUACGUUGAGGGAGAUUGGGCUUAGUGUGCAACAAGAAGUGCAGGUUACCUUUACAUUGAAGGAAUUAACAGACAUAAGAAUAACCAAGACGGAACUAAAUCGGGACAGUCGUCUGCGCGUGUGCUUUGAGUCCGACUUGAAGGACUCGCUUUACCUCCUGGCCUUGGAGAACGAGGAGGGCGACGUCCAGGAGUUCCCCCAGCUUCGCCCCUACGUGGAGGACGGCCUCACCUGCGUGUUGAGCAAUGACGCGAUACAGGAAGAAGGAUACGUGGCAUUGCGGACUCUCUUAACAGCCUACGACGUCUCUGGUACAGAAGUGCAAGCCUCUGGGAGUACUAACGUCACUGGCAUUUUCCUGAAUCCCAGAAGCAAAGUCAGCGCGGCCUUGAACUCCGACACGUACGGCCUCCUCGUGUCCUGGUUCCUCCUCGGCGACCCCAGCAGCAUCAGCUCCUACGACGUGGCGCUCGAGGAGACCGCGGCAGGAGGCAGCAACAAGCCGGUGACCGUAGGAAACACUGAAUCGUCCCUCGUCUUCAGCGACACGAAGCCGGGACGCUACUCCGUGUGCGUCGCGGCAUCUGUGGAGGAACAUAACAUGACCAGCGAAAGAGUGUGCAGUGCUAUUCUCUCCAUACCUCAGGAGGAUG